AUGGAGGGUUCCCUGAGCUCACGGCUCGUCAAGGUGCUCGCCGGGGUCACGAUCGCGUUCACCGCAACCGUCCUGAUGCACGUGCGAGACCCGUCCGAUGUGCUGCUGGACAGCGGUUACGGUUACCCCGAGCUGUGGAGGAAAACCGGCCUGGCCGGGGCUCCAGCGCGCGCUGCGGCGUGCAUCCUGGUGGGUGCUCUGCUUCUGGCAGCGGGCUGGCUCUACCGGCUCCUGUUCGCUCCUCUGGAGCUGCUGCGGAGUCCGGACGACGUGGGAUACGUCGCAGAGGACGGGCGCUCCCGAGCGCGUGCGGCCAACGAGGUGCGGCGGAGGCGCAAGACCGGGGAAUUGCCUCCGGUUUACCCGAACGGCUGGUACCGGAUCCUGGACUCGCACAUGCUGGAGCGUGGAGACGUCAAGAGCGUGACCGUGUUGGGUGAGCAGGUGGUUGUGUUUCGGGGUCAGGAUGGGAAGGCCUAUGUGAUGGAUGCCUACUGCCCCCACCUAGGGGCCAAUCUGGCUGUAGGGGGCAGAGUGGUGGGCAACUGUAUUGAAUGUCCCUUCCAUGGGUGGCAGUUUCGAGGAGAGGAUGGGAGGUGUGUCAGGAUCCCAUAUGCUGAAAAGGUGCCGGAGUUUGCUAAGGUGCGCUGCUGGCUAAGCUGUGAGAUUAAUGAGCAGAUCUUGGUUUGGUUCCACUGUGAUAGAGAGGAACCAGGCUGGAUGGUUCCAGAGCAGAAAGAGAUCACCAGUGGGGAGUGGGUUUACCGCGGACGCACAGAGCACUUCAUCAACGCUCACAUAGAGGAGAUACCAGAGAAUGCUGCCGACAUCGCUCACCUGGCCCAUCUACACACACCGGGUAUCGUGAGUGGCGUGGACCUGCGUUACACCAACAGUAAGACCUGGGAGUUCAUUCGCCAUGACUGGAAGGUGGAAUGGAACCCAGAGCCAGAGCCCAAUAAGCACUGUUCUCAGAUGUUGGUGAAGCAUGCUCUCACUGUAUUCGGACGCCAUUGGCCUCUCUUAGACGUCAAUGUGGUGGCUAGACAGGUCGGUCCAGGUAUGGUGUUCCUGCUCUUUAAUCACAGCUUCUUGGGUCAUGGUGUGAUCUUACACUGCGUGACCCCAGUGGAGCCGCUGCUGCAGUGUGUGUCACAUAGCAUCUUCUACCAGAGCAACAUUCCUCCACUGGUGCCAAAAUUCAUCCUGCGAGCAGAGUGUAUUCAGUUUGAGCGGGAUGUGAUGAUUUGGAACAAUAAGAAGUAUAUCUCUAAACCAUUGCUGGUGAAAGAGGACUCAGCGAUCCAGAAACACCGGCGCUGGUAUAGUCAGUUCUACAGCGAGAACAGCCCACGUCUGCGCUUCCAACAUGACACGCUGGACUUCUGA